AUGAAGUACAUAUUGGUAGCUAUUGAUUAUGUUUCGAAAUGGGUUAGAGAAAUUGCACUUCCUAACAAUGAAGCAAGGAGUUUCAUAACUCUUUUGAGAAAGAAUAUAUUUUCUCGAUCCGGUGCUUCACCCUAUCAGCUUGUGUAUGGCAAAGCUUUCUAUUUAUCAAUUGAGAUUGAUCAUAAGGCAUUAUGGGCAUUGAAGAAGGUGAAUUUAGAGUGGAAGGAUGCAGCUAAGUCAAGGUUGAAUAAUAUCACAUAUGAAAUUUCAGCAAUUCACAAAGAUAAGAUGAAGUUGUAUCAUGACCGAAAGAUUGAGAAGUGGGUAAUUGAGAAAGGUAACCAAGUGUUACUAUAUAACUCCAGGCUGUACUUGUUUCCUGGAAAGCUGACGUCUAGAUGUCAUGGCCCAUUCAUAUUUUCAAAAGUCUAUUCCUAUGGUGCCAUUGAACUACAGAAAGAUGGUUCACAACUAUUCAAG